UCACCUUAUCACCCACACCGUUCACACUAGUCGUCCCCCAAUCGCACUCCCCCUAUCUCCCCAUCCUAUCACCAUCCGAAUCCGCCUCCCCACCUUUUUUUUUUUUUUUUUUUUCUUCCUCCCCUCAACGCCUCACCAAACGCACGAUCCAAUAGUCAGAAGAACUGAUACUGUUAUUAUUCUUAGUAGUAGUAUUAGUAUUUGUAGUAGUAGUAUUAUUAUUAUUGUUGUUAUUAUUAUUAUUAUUAUAUGAAUGAAAAGCCAAACCCCUCCUCCACCUCCCAAUCCUAGCAGCGUCACCACCGCCCCUCUUCAUCAACUCCCCUUCGAAGACGACUUCGCUUAUUACUAUUCUAUCCUUCAAGACCCCCCUCCUCCCCCCUUGUCAUCCGCGGCUUCUCCCUUAUUCGCCUCCGCCGAUACCGCCAUGCCGAAGCGGCGGAAGCGGAUAGGAGACGAGAACAGUGGCGGCGGCGGCGAAGGAGGGGCCGCGGAUGAUGGGAAUAAGGUUGAUUCUAGGAAGAGGAAGAAUAGUAGCGGCGGCGGCGGUAGUAAUCAUAGUAAUAAGAAGCGGUCGAUCGCGAAGCUACUCACCUCGAUCGCGGCGCUCGACGCCCAGGACGAGUCGGAUCGGCGCGAAUCGGACGAGUCGGCGCGGCGGGAUCUCUCGCUCCUCGAGUCCAACCACCACCAGAAGACCGCGGCGAUGCUCGACUACUACUCGCGGCUGCGGGACCACUUCGACGAGCUCGACGACUCCGACUCGCUCCGGUCCCAGCGCGCCCGCCUCGCCGCCGCGUCGUCCGCCGCCGCCGCCGCGGCGGCCGGGGAGGCGGAGGCGGAGGCGGAGGCGGGAGAGUCCUCGCCCGGGCGAAGUUCGCAGGCGGGGGGGGCGGGGCCUCACCCUCGGCGGCUGUGGGUGAAGGACCGGUCGCGCGCGUGGUGGGACCAGUGCAACCACCCGGACUUCCCCGAGGCGGAGUUCCGGCGCGCGUUCCGGAUGGGGCGGGCGACGUUCGACAUGAUCUGCGAGGAGCUGGGGUCGGCGGUGGCGAAGGAGGACACGAUGCUCCGCGCGGCGAUCCCGGUGCGGCAGCGCGUGGCGGUGUGCGUGUGGCGGCUGGCGACGGGCGAGCCCCUGCGGCUGGUGUCGAAGCGGUUCGGGCUGGGGAUCUCGACCUGCCACAAGCUGGUGCUGGAGGUGUGCUCGGCGAUCAAGACGGUGCUGAUGCCCCGGUUCCUGCAGUGGCCCCCGGACCCGUCGGCCAUCAAGUCCCGCUUCGAGUCGCUGUCGGGCAUCCCGGGCGUGGCGGGGUCCAUGUACACGACGCACAUCCCGAUCAUCGCGCCCAAGAUCAGCGUCGCCGCCUACUUCAACCGGCGCCACACGGAGCGCAACCAGAAGACGUCCUACUCGAUCACGGUCCAGGGCGUGGUCGACCCGGACGGCGCCUUCACGGACGUCUGCAUCGGCUGGCCCGGCUCCAUGCCCGACGAGCAGGUGCUCGAGCGCUCCGCGCUCUUCCAGCGCGCCGCCGCCGGCAUGCUCAAGGGCUCGUGGAUCGUCGGGGGCCCCAGCUACCCGCUCAUGGAUUGGGUGCUCGUGCCCUACACCCACCAGAACCUCACCUGGACGCAGCACGCCUUCAACGAGAAGGUCGGGGAGGUGCGCCGCGUCGCCACCGACGCCUUCGCCAGGCUCAAGGGCCGCUGGAGCUGCCUGCAGAAGCGCACCGAGGUCAAGCUGCAGGACCUGCCCGUCGUCCUCGGCGCCUGCUGCGUGCUGCACAACGUCUGCGAGAUCCGCCGCGAGCAGUUCGACCCCGACCUCCGCUACGACCUCGUCGACGACGAGGUCGUGCCCGACAACACCAUCCGCUCCCCCGCCGCCAAGCAGGCCAGGGACAACAUUGCGCACAACCUGCUGCACCACGGCCUCGCCGGCACCGCAUUCUUUUGAUCACCUCUCUCUCCCUCUCUCUCUCCCUCCCUCCCUCUUCCCCCCCCUUUUCCCUCCCUGCCUCCCCUGCUUCUUUCGAUUCCAAACUUUUACAAACAAAUUAACUACGAUUCCAUCGUUCGGAAGCAUUAAUAAUUGUGGGGAACAAGGCGAGGGGGCGUGUAUAAACUAUAAACCAUAAAAAAGCGUCCCGGUCGUGCACUGACUGGUAGAGAGUAGGAGAUUUUGCUUAGAUUAGAUUAGACACGAGGAUUGGAUUGGUGAUUGGGAUUUUCUUCCUUCUACUGUAAGGUUGUAAUGAUUUUGGAUAUUAUUAUUACUAUUAUUAUUGUUGUUGUUGCUGUUGUUAAAAUUGGUUUAAUUCAACACAUUUGUUGUAUUUUUCCUGCA